CACACACACAACAACACUGACACACACACACACAACAACACUGACACACGUCAGCCAGCCUCCUUUCUGUGGCUCUGACCCAAACAUGGUUCUGAUCUGAACCUGAAAUGGAGUCAGACACGUCAAGCAUCCUGAAUGUCCCCAUAAUUCACAGAAUCCUCACAAUGACUGAAAAAGUCCCCAUAAAUUAUAAAAACAAGAAUGUGGGGAGUUUAGAUUUUGAGACUGUCUCCAUGAUGUCUGAGUUUAUCCCAAUCAGAAUGAAACAUCCACCUCAUCUCCUCCUCCCCCACUUCCCCACUCCCUCCUUUCUGGGUGGGUUUAUAGCCGGACGUUCAGCUGGUGGACAGAGAAUAAAAGAGCAUCUCAGCUUCAGGCAUGGCGUGGCUGCUCCAGAGUCGCGACUCUCCCAGGUUGGUGCUGGUGGUGGUCUGCGUUGCUCUGCUGCUCGACAACAUGCUGCUCACCGUCGUCGUUCCCAUCAUCCCGACCUUCCUGUAUGCCAUGGAGCAUCCGGAACCGCAGACCGUCCCGGACAAAGUGCCCUCCCGGACCUCCAGCAGCAGAACCGCCGCCCUGGGUCCAGAGGCGCAGCAGAACCCCCGGCCGUCCCCUCUGGUGUCUUUAUUUAACAAUGUGACCUUUGACCUGCAGGAGAGCCGAACUGAGGUGACUGCAGAGCUGCUGCUGGCCAACCAAACCUCCAACAAGUCGGCCUCCUCCUGUCUUCAGGACAGUGUUUUCCUGGAGGAGGAAAAUGUUCGGGUUGGUUUGUUGUUUGCCUCUAAAGCUUUGGUCCAGCUGCUGGUCAACCCGUUUGUUGGUCCGCUCACCAACAGGAUCGGUUACCACAUCCCGAUGUUCGCAGGAUUUAUCAUCAUGUUUGUUUCCACCAUCAUGUUUGCUUUCUCAGGGACGUACCCGCUGCUGUUCUUCGCCCGCUCGCUGCAGGGAAUCGGCUCGUCCUUCUCGUCUGUGGCGGGUCUGGGGAUGUUGGCCAGCGUCUACACCGACGAUGACGAGCGAGGCGUGGCGAUGGGCGUCGCCCUGGGAGGGCUCGCCAUGGGAGUCCUGAUCGGAGCGCCGUUUGGCAGCGUGAUGUACGACUUUGUGGGGAAGAGCGCCCCCUUCCUGAUCCUGGCCUUCCUGGCUGUGUUUGACGGAGCGUUGCAGCUGUGCAUCCUGCAGCCCUCUAAGAUCUGCCCUGGGAGUGUGGAGGGAACGCCGCUACUGACCCUGCUGAAAGACCCGUACAUCCUGAUCAGCGCAGGUACAGAAGCUUUGGUCCUUCACCUGGAGCUGUGGAGGACGCUGUCCAACUGUCCGUCUAACUGUCCCUCCACCCCUCCAUCCCUCCAUCCCUCCACCCCUCUGCUUCUCCACCCCUCCAUCCCUCCAUCCCUCCAUCCCUCCACCCCUCUGCUUCUCCACCCCUCCAUCCCUCCUCCCCUCCAU